GAGCUACCAGAAGGUGAUAAAUGGUCUGAAAACAGCUUCUGCAUCUGCUUGACACCCCGGACCCCAGCGGGUACCUUCUGGGGUCGCAUCCUGAGGCUUCGCUUCCCUCCACGCGCAGCUACCGGAAAGGGCCUGAACCGUUGCACCGCUAAUCCCACGUGAGAGGCCUUGCCGGGGAUCCCGCCACCCUUGCCCAUCCCUGAGGAACAGAAAGCGUCUCUUUGCCUGUACAGGACGGCACUACAUCGCCCUUCAUCCCCACAGGCGCCACGGAAAUACUGGUGACCAGCUUGGGCCAGCAUCAGAUCCAGGAUCACCUGCGAGAGGAGAAGGCUCGCUGCGUCUCGUGACUGAUACCCAGAAGUUUUGCUUUUCUGGCAGAGGGGAGGCAUUUGCAGGACAGCCGGCUCCCAGAGCACCCCCCAAAAACUUCUCGAUGUGACGCCCACCCAGGAUGCACCAUGUCUCCCCGGCGCCGGCUCUGACAAUGAAGGCCACCCAGAGUGUGCCCCCUCCCCCUUACCAGGACACUCCACAGAUGACGGCCACGGCCCAGCAGCCGGCCAAGGCGCAGCCCGUGCACGUCUCGGCUCCGGCGGGCGGGGGGGGGGGGUUUAGCAAAAAAGGUGUCUGGGGGUGUCCAGUGGCAAUAACGGAGGCCCCCUCUCGCUUCUGCAGGCACCCCCUCUUUCCACUGCUGACGCUGCUCUUCGAGAAGUGCGAGCAGGCGACACAGGGCUCUGAGUGCAUCACCUCAGCCAGCUUCGAUGUUGACAUUGAGAACUUUGUCCACCAGCAGGAGCAGGAGCACAAACCCUUCUUCAGUGAUGACCCCGAGCUGGACAACCUGAUGGUGAAGGCGAUCCAGGUGCUGCGCAUUCACCUCCUGGAGCUGGAGAAGGUGAAUGAGUUGUGCAAGGACUUUUGCAACCGCUACAUCACCUGCCUCAAAACCAAGAUGCACAGCGACAACCUACUCAGGAAUGACCUCGGCGGGCCAUAUUCGCCCAGCCAGGCCUCCCUCAACCUCCACCCCCAGGUAACACUGCAAAACUCCUGCAGCAGCAUUACCAGCCGCUCGCCGCUGGGAGUGAUAUCCCCCCCGUGGCGGGCGUCUGCCCUGCCACCGGGCAACCUCGCCAUGAGCGCCGGAAGCUCGCCGGCUGUUGCAGGCGGAGCCCUGUACCAGCCCGUGACGAUGGUGACGUCGCAGGGCCAAGUCCUCGCCCAAGCCAUCGCCCCCGGCACCCUGCAGAUCCCCAACGCCCAGGUGAACCUGGAUCUCACCUCACUCCUUGAUGGCGAGGACAAGAAGUCCAAGAACAAGCGAGGCGUCCUGCCGAAACACGCUACCAACAUCAUGCGCUCAUGGCUCUUCCAGCAUCUCAUGCACCCGUACCCGACAGAGGACGAGAAGCGGCAAAUUGCGGCCCAAACCAAUCUGACACUCUUGCAAGUCAACAACUGGUUUAUCAACGCCCGGCGGCGCAUCCUGCAGCCCAUGCUCGAUGCCAGCAACCCAGACCCAGCCCCAAAAGCCAAGAAAAUCAAAUCGCAGCACCGGCCCACCCAGCGGUUCUGGCCCAACUCCAUUGCCGCCGGGGUCUUGCAGCAGCAGGGCAGCAACUCCGGGACAAAUCCUGACGGCUCCCUCAGCAUGGACAGCCUACAGCCUCUCUCCUCAGCCACAGCCACCAUGGCCAUGCAGCAGGCCAUGCUGGUGGCCCAUGACGACUCCCUUGACGGUACCGAGGAGGAGGAGGAUGAAGAGGAGGAGGAAGAUGAGAUGGAGGAGGAGGAAGACGAGGAGGAGGAGCUGGAGGAAGAGCCUGGCGGCGCCCUCGGCUUGGACCACAGUGACUCGCUGGAGUAGCGAGGCGCCUGCCGUACCGCAAGGAGGACGCCCGCCCCCCAA